AUGGCGUACAAUCCAGUGGGCGAUGAUUACCAAGAGGAAGACGAUGACGAUUCGGAUGAUCCUGAUGCUGAUACAACGAGUGAGGCGACAACAACGGAAGAAGAAUCGACGACAGAAGAGGAGUCGACAACUACAAAAAAGAAGGCGACAUCGGACGAUCCCUCAAUGAAAAAGUCGACAACGAAAACAAAAACUACAUCGAAUCAACUCUCAACAAAAAAGUCAACAUCGAACCAACCUUCAACAACGUCUGGGAAGCUUCACCAUCGUUUAAUUGAAAAGAUACGACAGAAAAUAUCCGGCAUAAAAUGUUGUUCGCUGACGCUGAACGAGGAAGAUCGAUACCAAGGAGCCGGAAAAAAUCAAUAUCAUCUAGGAAAUCGAGAGCCAGAUCCUUGUCACAGGAUAUCAGAAACGUCGCCAUCCAGAAAAACAGCACCAUGA